AUGAUGCUUAUAGCCAAUUAUGAUGCUUAUGCAUCUGAUGUAUGGCAGACUGAACUACUUGAUGAUGAUACUUACGUCAGUAAAAUGUACAAGAAUGGAGAAUUUGCUAAAAAUGUUAAGUUUGGAAGCAUUGUCUUGAAACCAUGGAUAAUAUUUACUGACAAAGCACAUUUCCAAUUUGUUCUAAGAGAUUACUGUAUACAAUCUGGGUUUGCUAUUGUAGUGGAUAGAUCUAGUCCAACAAGAUUCACUACUCAGUGCUUGGAAUUGAACUGUAAUUGGAGGAUACAUUCAAGUGUACUCCCUGAUGGCACUACUUGGGCCAUAAAGAGUAUAAAAGAUUCAGAUCACACUUGUAGGGGUUUGGAUGAGAGGAAUCCUUUAGUUAAUGUGAAAUGGGCUGUAAGUAAGCUAAUUGAUGAUAUAAGGGCAAACAAUGGUAUAAUUGGGAAAAAUUUGAAUGACCUGUUGUGGACCAGGUAUGGGGUUCAGAUGGCCACUAGUACUCUGUAUAAAAUGAGGAGUAUUGCACUUUUGGAGAUCAAUGGUGGGCAUGAUGAGUCUUAUGGCCAUCUUCCUAGCAUUUUCAUAUCAUUCAAGGGAGCAAUAGAUGAGCUUGGUGCAGGUUGUAGAAGUUUGAUUGGGGUUGAUGGUGCUCACUUAAAAGGGAACUAUGGAGGGGUUUUGUUAUUCGCAGUGGCUAUAGAUGCAAAUAAUGAGCUACAUCCAUUUGCAUGGGCUAUAAGUUCAGUAGAAGAUGGGGAGAACUGGAAGUUUUUCAUUUGGCAUUUGAAGCAAAUCUUGAAAGACUUAAAUGGAGGGGAUGAUUGGUGCAUUAUAUCUGACAGACAAAAGGAAAUAGAUCUUGCUUUAACUGAGCUAUGGCCAAAAGUAGGGAGGAGGCAUAAGAAGAAUGUGUAUGGCAUCCCUUGUAGGCAUGCAUUAAGGGCUAUACUAGCUGCAGGACAUGAUCCUCAUAGGUAUGUUAGCACAUGGUACUCAGUUGCAGCCUACAAACAAUGCUAUUCACAUGCUAUCAACUCAUUUCCAAACAUUGAGCAUUGGCUAGAAAUUGACCAACCAACAAUUCAAGCUCCUACAAUGAGGAGAGGAAUAGGAAGACCAUCAAGACAAAGAAGAAGAGUUGAUGAUGAACCAGAAAAAGAAAAAAGGUCAACCACUGUCAAAUGCUCACUCUGUAAAGCAUAUGGCCAUAACAAGCAAACAUGCAAAGGUGGUAUGACUACAAAGGAGAAAGCAUCACAGGAUAAUGACCAGGAGGCAGACACGAAGCUUAACUAUAUCUUCUUCCCAACCAAAGCUAGUUUCUCAGCCAACUCAGUCCAAGCCAAGGAAUAA